AAGAAAAAAAAUGGAAACAACAACAAAACCAAGCAAAGUUUAGUAACAGAAUUCAUGAGAUCUCAGUGGGAGUUCUUUCAGCGGAAACCAGAGGUGACACAUCGCUGCCGGUAACUUCUCUACGUGACAGAAACCGAGGACCUCUCAGCCAAUCAGGGUACGUAUUCGGCUGCYACGUGGCUGACGUCAGAGCGUGGCUAACGUACAAUGUGUGGCAGGCCGUUUUAGCAUAAAAUCGGUUUCGUCGGACUAUCUGUAAUUACAUUCUAGAUAUCAAAAAAUGCGUUUUGACUAGAAAUAAAUAGGUAUUUUGACUAGUCAAAAUAUAAUUUGAGAUUUCUUGAAUAACAAAUAUGACUAGUCAUGAUUCAAUUUCAGAUUUCUGGAAUGGAAGUGUUGUAAUCUGAUUUUAUGCUAAAAGGGCUUCAGCAGCCGCAUCGCUUGUCAGAUGUCGAAAUUAAACAGUCCCGAACGGAGAAAACCGCAGCGUCAAGACCUCUGAAGAGCAAAGACGACUUGUUUGUGGAUAUUAGACGMUUUUUCGACUCGGAGACAACAUGGACCAGAAGGACGAGAAGCCGAACUGUCGCAGCCUUGUUUACGUCCACAACCCACAUCUGGAUGCCCUAAAAGAGGACUUCCUGUACCACUUCAGUCUUGGAACUGGAACUCACAACCUGCCAGAGAUGUUUGGUGACGUCAAAUUUGUUUGUGUUGGGGGCAGUCCCUGGAGGAUGAAAUCGUUCAUUGAGUACAUCUCUGCCGAGCUCAACCUGGAAGAUCCCAGUUCAGAUUACCCAAACAUCUGUGCUGGGACGGAUCGGUACGCCAUGUACAAAGCUGGCCCCGUACUCUCUGUGAGCCAUGGGAUGGGCAUCCCGUCUAUUGCCAUAAUGUUGCACGAGCUCAUAAAACUACUCCAUUACGCGCGAUGUACGGACGUUACAAUUAUCCGUAUUGGGACAUCUGGGGGAAUAGGACUUGAGCCCGGCACCGUUGUCGUCACCAAGCAGUCGGUGGAUGCCACCUUCCUGCCCCGGUUUGAGCAGGUGACCCUGGGGGAGACGGUGGUGCGCAACACCGACCUGGACCCGAGUUUGGCUGAGGAGCUGCUGCGGUGCAGCAAAGAGCUCGACCAGUUCCAGACUGUCGUCGGCAACACCAUGUGCACGCUGGAUUUUUACGAAGGGCAAGCCCGUUUGGACGGUGCCUUCUGCUCCUACACGGAGAAGGACAAGCACGACUACCUCACUAAAGCCAAAGAAGCAGGAGUCUGCAACAUAGAAAUGGAGUCCUCCGUUUUUGCGGCUAUGUGCAAUCUGAGUGGUCUGCGAGCGGCCGUUGUUUGUGUGACGUUAUUGGAUCGACUGAAGGGAGAUCAGCUGAGCAGCUCUCACGAUGUUCUUCACAAUUACCAACUGCGUCCUCAGGUCCUGGUGGGCUACUACAUCAAGAAGCAGCUAAAGGCUAAAUCACAACGCAGCUAAAGGAUGUAGCUACGCUGCUGAGCAAACACUGUCAGGUUGUUCUUGGAGUACUGAAAGUACUGAAAACAUUGUCAAACUGUUUUUGUUUAUUUCCUCUUGCGUAUACGACACACACCAUUUUCACAUUUACCAGUUCUUAGAGUGCACCUUGUAUUUACGAAUUUGUGCUAGUUUAGUUAAAUUAUUAAGUUGACAACAUGCACUUUUUUAACUUUUCACUUUUUUAUGUAAAUUAUCAGCCCAAGCCUGGUAAAUAUAUUUGAUUGCAGUCGCUUUGUUUUAUUUAAAAUUUUAAGUUUCUGAUCCUUAAAACUUGAACUUUAAGAUGUUAAUGAACGGUAUUGCCUAAAGGGCCAUUUCAGAUCUUUUUGGUGUAGUUCAAAUAAAUAGUUCAGAGUUCAGAAACCUUCACACCAUCAGUUUUGUGUGACAGUUAUUCACUGUAUCCAUGGUUAUUAGCGACUAGUAGCAGCUUGCUGUAGCACCUAAUAUUUCUACCAGAAUAAUGUUGCAAUAUAAAAUUGACAGCUUAAAUGUUUCACAAGAACAGAAUUGUUUUGAGACUAGUUUUGUUUAAGGGUGGUAGCAACUCUUGUCUCCACUGUCUGUUUUUAUGAAUGAAGGCCCUUUAAAGUUCUAAAACUUGAAAUAUUAAUGGUUCAUUAAUGACUGAUUAUUGUGUCAUGAUGAUGGUGAUUAUUAUUAGUUAACUGAAAGAUCUUGAGAAGUCUGAUUUUAUUGCUCGCAAUGUGGAUUUUUAAGGUUAUUUUUGUGUCCAUUUCAUGAAGAAACAGCAGGACACAGUUUGGACCUUACAAACAAAAGACACUGUAUGAGGUAUAUGUGAUAAAAAUAAAAUCGCAUAUACGCUAUGGGUUA